AUGGCCGAUAGUAUCAUCUCGCGCGGCCAGGGUAUUGCUCCCGCAGAGACCCAAUCCUCCAUUUUCUUGCAAAUCGGGAUUGUGCAGACGGCGCUGCUACGAGUAUUAGAUUCACCGUUGUCCCGUUGCACCGAGCUGGAUUAUCGAUCUUAUGUCGAAAAGGGCACCCAGAGUAUUGUAGGCAGGCUUCUCAACGCGUCUCAAGAUACAUUAUUCCCCCUAGAUCGCCUUUCACUUGGCCGGGGAUUGUUACUAGAUUACACCGGCGAUCAUGAUAACAAGACUGUUAAAUCCGCGUUAGAUGCAUUGAGACGGUCGAUUGACCUGCAACCAGAAAAUCAAUAUAGCGGGUUGUGGUAUUUCACGUACCCUAACUGGAGCUACCUGGACGGCAUGUACUCGUACGCGUCAUUCUACUCUCUCUACACCACCUUCUUCAACCCCACUGUCACAAAUAAAACGACAGACGACAUAAUCUACCAACUCGAUCUUCUCUGGGCCCACUGCUUUGACAACUCCACUGGUCUGCUGUUCCACGGCUACGACGCCUCGAAAACCGCCGUUUGGGCGAAUCCGGCAACCGGCGCGAGUCCAGUUGUAUGGGAUCGCGCGUUAGGUUGGUAUUUCAUGGCGCUGGUGGACUGGCUAGAGAUAAACGGCUUUGAGUGCCUCUCUACCCAAUGGGAACACGUCCACGCGCGGUUCGUUGCGAUUGCGAAUGGGAUUGUCAAGGCGGCCGACCCUGUGUCCGGGGCGUGGUGGCAGGCGUUGAACUUCCCGGAGCGUGAGGGGAAUUAUAUCGAAUCUAGCGGGAGUGCUAUGUUUGUGUAUGGAUUAUACAAGGGCAUCAGACUAGGGUAUCUGCGAUCGUCAGAUCAAAGAUAUAAGAACACUGCAGAUAAGGCGUACGCGUAUCUGACUAACACGUUCGUGGUGAAGAAUCAAAAUGGCACAUUGGACUGGAAUGGGACUGUGUCAGUGUGCAGUCUGAAUUCAUCAGCAACAUACGAGUACUAUGUCACGCAGCCGCUAUUAUUUAACAGUGUGCAUGGAUCGGCCUCAUUUGUUCUUGCUAGCCUAGAGCACGAGAUACAGGUGUUCUAA